UUCUAUUAAAGCUUGAUUUUAAUAGAAGGAAUUUUUCAUGUGCAUUAUAAUAAGCACGAACCAACAACUGCUUAUUUGAAUGUUUUGCAGGAUGGCAACCUUUUUCUUAGCUUUACUAGCGCUUUCAGCAAUGUUGACAGCUAUUAUGGCACAAUCACCACAAGAACUGAUAGUCAACAUCACCAUACUUCACAGUGCCACUGCUGAAGGCGCAGUGUGCCUAGACGGGAGCGCCCCGGCAUAUCAUCUUGGUCAGGGAUAUGACUUUUACAAUUGGAAUAGAGUCAGGGUUAGAUAUUAUGAUGGAUCAUCUUUCACGGGUGAUAUUGAAGAUGUUGAUCCUGAUACCAAAUUUUAUUAUAGAGGAGCAAGAAUCUUCAGAGCCAUUAUGAAUGAUUUGUCCAGAAAAGGAAUGCAAAAGGCUGAAAAUGCAAUCCUAAGCGGAACAUCAGCUGGAGGAUUGGCUACAAUAUUGAACUGUGACAAGUUCAAGUCCUUCUUUCCUGUUGAUGUGAGAGUAAAGUGCGUUCCGGAUGCAGGCUUCUUCAUCAACGCGAAGACGAUCUCUGGUACUUCAGAUAUCCAGGAUGAGUAUAAGAGAGUUGUUAAUUUACAUGGAUCGGCUAAAAAUUUGCCUCCAUCUUGCACCUCUAGAAUAGAUCCAAGCUUGUGCUUUUUUCCUCAAAACGUUGUUCCACAUGUCAAGACUCCACUGUUUAUGAUAAAAGCAGCUUAUGACUCUUGGCAGGAGUGAUUCCGAGCUAUAUAGAUGUCAGGGAAUGAAUUC